AUGGCGCUUCGCCGGGAUCCCUGGUGCUUCCUCCUCCUCAUCCUCAUCCUCCUCCUCGCUGCGGCUCUUCCCCGAUCGCACAGUCAGGGCAGCGGGAGCGCGAUCAUCGGGCGACGCGGCAGCGCGGACGCGCCUCCGGGAGGGCUGGGGGUGAGGGACCUUUACCACAUUGUCACACAGCACAAUCGCCUGAGGACACGGGUCUCCCCCAUGGCAGCAAACAUGCAGAAGAUGGAGUGGAGUGACAAGCUGGCCCUGCUCGCCCAGGAGAGGGUGGCAUCCUGCCCCACCGAUCCUGCCCCCAGGCAGCCGCGGUCUGACCACGUGGGGUGGAACGCGCACCGCUCGGCGUCAGGCUCCACCUCCUUCUCCGAGGUCAUCGACUCCUGGUUCCAGGAGGGGCGGGACUACGACUACCUGAGCGGUCGAUGUGGAGAGAACCGCACCUGCCUGCGCUACACACAGCUGGUGUGGGCGACCUCCGGUCGGGUGGGCUGCGCAUGGCAAGCGUGCCACAGAGGGUCUGCGGAGUGGGACCUGUUCGUCUGCGCAUACUCACCUGGGGGAAACUGGGAGGUCAACGGCCUCAUGGUGGCGCCCUACAAGGCAGGACCCUACUGCUCCCUCUGCACCUCCGCCAUGUCCGGCUGCUUCCGGCUCUGGGACCACGUAGGAGGCCUGUGCGAGACGCCCCGGAACCCGUGCCGGAUGAGCUGUGGGCAGCACGGGCGGCUGAACGUGUCCACGUGUCAGUGCCACUGUGCCACCGGCUUCACGGGACGCUUCUGCCAGGUGCGCUGCAGCGUGCAGUGUGUGCACGGCCGCUACAAGGAGGAGGAGUGCUCCUGCCUGUGCGACGUGGGCUACGGAGGAGCCGAGUGCGCAGAGAAGCUGCACUUUCCCCUUCACAGCUGCAGCAUGCGCAUUGACGGCCACUGCUUCAUGGUCUCCUCGGAGGCGGAAACUUACUACGGCGCCAAGCUGCGGUGCCAGGAGAGAGGAGGUAUUUUGGCUCACAUUCAGAACCAGAAGGUCCAGGACAUUCUGGCGUUCUACCUCAGCCAACUGGAGGCCACCAACGAGGUGACGGACCCGGACUUUGAGACGCGCAACUUCUGGAUCGGUCUCACCUAUAAGAUGUCGAAAGACUCGUUCCGCUGGGACUCGGGUGAGCAGCCCACCUUUUCGAGCUUCGCCUUCGGACAGCCAGAUAACCAGGGGUUCGGUAACUGUGUGGAGCUGCAGGCCUCCAGCGCCUUCAACUGGAACGACCAGCGUUGUAAAACCCGCAACAGAUACGUCUGUCAGUUCGGGCCGGAGCACAUAGCCCUCUGGGACGUCGGCCGAUGAAAGCGGUGAUCCGGCUGCGGCCGAGGAACAGUUUCGGUUCACUGUUCCGCGGUUGCGCUGAUGACAUCAUCCGCUGCCAUCCAAUCAGGAGUCAGAGUGCACUGUAGUCUUUUAGCUAUUGUUACGGUAGUGACCUGUCGGUGCGAGGGACUGAGCGGCGGCCGGUGCUUGACUGCGCCCUCUGCUGGUAGAAUGAGGUACCUGCACUUUCCCCAUUGGCCUGCUUCACACGUCUUCAUCCCAAAGACUAUUUCCAGCCCCUGUCAUCAUAGACUCGCAGGGCUCCCAUUAGCACUGCAGACCUCUCAGUAGAGCUGGACCCCCAUCUUACCCCCCGGAUCUCCUCGGUGCCAGCUGUGCAGAAGUGGCUUCCGGCUCUUCCGCCUCCCAAACGGGCUUCCUGGUGCACUAAUGUUACCGUCCUCCCGAGAACAAUUCCUCCAGAUGAUCCACAUCAUCUUCCCUCUUCCCCGCUCUUUGUCCUCCUCAUCUUCUGCCACUCCAGCCACGGAAGCGCCUUCCCUUUCCAAGCUUCCAGGCAGCGCUCAUCCGCAGGAACGGGGGUUCGGUCUGCAGAGAGUGGGUUUGCAGCCCCAUCCAA